AUGUUUAAUCAAAGAAGAAUAUACCAUUUCCUUGAAGAUGUGGUCAACGACAUCAUGGCUGAGAAGAACGAGGCGAGAUUCAAGGUUGACCAAGAACACGUACAAACGCAGUGGCAGCCUAAGCUUCCAGAUCCUGAUUCUAUGGGUGAAGAGGAAUAUCGACAGAAGCAUGACAAGUACCUCAGUGUUUGUCGCUCAAUUGUGCCUUACAAAGCAAUGGCCGCCCCGAUGUGGGAUUACGCAACACAGAUCAUCUCGCGGCGGAUAGAAAUCUAUGAGGACCGUCUCCAGGGUUUGAAGGCACACCCUGGGAACUUCCUGCAUUACCUUUUUGAUAUGCGCGAACACUCGCAUCACGUGGUCCCGUAUAGUGGCGAUCGCAUACAUCCAUAUGCCAACCUGGACGACAAUCAGAAUAAUGGUCAUAUGUGGGCUUUAUAUCUCUUGCGCUCUCUGCAACAUGCGACAGAAGGUCUUGACUUUUGGAGAGCUAUCUUGAUCAGUCUACGACGUUGGCAAAAUGUAACACUCGCAGCGAAAGAUGAUACAGACGAAGAUGACCCAUUGGUGAACUUGGCGCACCUCAUCUUACUUUACGUAACAGUUCUACAUCGAGUUCCAAUGAGUGAAACCGACACGGAUACAUACAUCCCUCUUUCGGGACUGCCCUUGGCGGAAGAAAUCUUGGGCAUCCUUCAAGGCCAAAAAGGAGGAUCAUGGAUGACGAACUUUGGGUUGGAGGCGGCAGAAGAGCACCACGACUCCGCGACUGUUUGGGCGUUAAUACAAAGAUACUGGCAAUACCAUGGUUUGGAGGGAUUCCAGCCGAUCGAAGUGAUGAAAAAGCUUCCGGACAAUCUACAGUGGGACGAGCAGCUGAGGCCGUCAAGAAAUCUAAUGAACGUCAAUGUCGACGAUCUCGUGGCGAAAUAUUUGAUUCCCUACCCCUCAGCGCGGUUUGAAUAUAGCCUUCUGUCCUUGCUCAGCCAGAAGCGUCUUCUAGUGCACCACCUCAAACACCUCCCGGUCCUCCUGGGCCAGGGAGUCCCCACACGCCUCCCGAAGGCACCAAACCUGUGA